AUGACCAGUCCCGUCUUGGUGGUUGAAGGGGCUGCGGAGGUGAGACUGGAGGAUGGCAGCGGACGCUGUGCUGGGAGAGUGGAGGCAAAACACCAGGGCCAGUGGGGGACCGUGUGUGAUGACUCCUGGGACACGAAUGAUGCUGCAGUGGUUUGUAAGCAGCUGGGCUGUGGGUCCGCUGUCAAAGCUCCUGCUGAAGCACACUUUGGGCCAGGAUCUGGCCCCAUUUGGAUGGAUGAUGUUGAGUGUCACGGCACAGAGUCGGCCCUGUCUGACUGUAGACACAAUGGAUGGGGUCAAAGCAACUGUGAUCAUGGUGAGGAUGCUGGGGUGACAUGCUCAGGUAAGGAGGUGCCAGAGCCUGGAGACAUCCGUCAGGUGCGGCUGGUGAAUGGGCGUGGGCGCUGCGCUGGGAGAGUGGAGAGCUACUACCAGGGCAGCUGGGGGAGCGUCUGCGAUGACGGCUGGGACCUGUCUGAUGCUGCCGUCGUUUGCCGCCAGCUGGGCUGCGGAGGGGCGCUGGAGGCGGUUGGCUCCGCUCGCUUCGGGGAAGGCUCCGCUCAGAUCUGGCUGGAGAGCGUGAACUGCUCCGGGGCCGAAGCUGCUCUCUGGGACUGCCCGGCAGGGUCCUGGGGGCAGCACGGCUGCGGGCACAAAGAGGACGCAGGAGUCGUCUGCUCAGAGUUCAUGGCCCUGAGGCUGGAGAACAGCACCAACUGCUCCGGGCGCCUGCAGGUUUUCUACAAUGGGACGUGGGGGAGCGUUUGCUCCAACUCCAUGACUCCUGAAACUGUGUCGCUGGCAUGCAAGGAGCUGGGCUGCGGGGACAGAGGGUCCCUGGAAACACAACGGCCCCACGGCAGGCUGUCUGGCACGGCCUGGCUGGAUCGUGUGGAGUGUGGGGAGAGAAACAGCUCCUUCUGGCAGUGUCCCUCCGCUGCCGUGGGAGGGGAGAAGGGGUGCUCUGGCCGAGUGGAGGUGUGGCACCGCGGCUCCUGGGGGACGGUGUGUGACGACUCUUGGGACAUGCGGGAUGCCGAGGUGGCAUGCAGGCAGCUGGGCUGUGGCCCUGCGGUGUCUGCCCUGGCCGAGGCUGCAUUUGGGGAGGGGAGCGGCCCCAUCUGGCUGGAGCAGGUGGAGUGCCGGGGGACAGAGCCAUCUCUGCAGGACUGCUGGGCCCGGCCUGGGGACAGCGGUGCCUGCCGCCAUAAGGAGGACGCGGCCGUGAUCUGCUCAGAUACGGAGAUUUACGAAGUCGGCCCUGUGCGGCUGGUGAAUGGGCGUGGGCGCUGCGCUGGGAGAGUGGAGAGCUACUACCAGGGCAGCUGGGGGAGCGUCUGCGAUGACGGCUGGGACCUGUCUGAUGCUGCCGUCGUUUGCCGCCAGCUGGGCUGCGGAGGGGCGCUGGAGGCGGUUGGCUCCGCUCGCUUCGGGGAAGGCUCCGCUCAGAUCUGGCUGGAGAGCGUGAACUGCUCCGGGGCCGAAGCUGCUCUCUGGGACUGCCCGGCAGGGUCCUGGGGGCAGCACGGCUGCGGGCACAAAGAGGACGCAGGAGUCGUCUGCUCAGAGUUCAUGGCCCUGAGGCUGGAGAACGGCACCAACUGCUCCGGGCGCCUGCAGGUUUUCUACAAUGGGACGUGGGGGAGCGUUUGCUCCAACUCCAUGACUCCUGAAACUGUGUCGCUGGCAUGCAAGGAGCUGGGCUGCGGGGACAGAGGGUCCCUGGAAACACAACGGCCCCACGGCAGGCUGUCUGGCACGGCCUGGCUGGAUCGUGUGGAGUGUGGGGAGAGAAACAGCUCCUUCUGGCAGUGUCCCUCCGCUCCCUGGCACCCGCAGUCAUGCGACGACCUGCGAGAUGAGACCCACAUCACCUGCAAGGGUAAUUCUGAGCUAGAGGCAUCAUGUGGCCUCACCAAGGAGAAGUUAUGCUUGACCAACUUGAUAAACGUCUACAAUGCAAUGGCUGUUCUCAUAGAUGAGGUGAGAGCAGUGGCUGUUGUCUACCUGGUCUUCAGGAAGACUUUCAACACUGUCUCCCAUAAGAUCUUCCUAGAGAAGCUGUUUAUGUAUGAGUUGGAUGAGCAGUGA